GACAGAAAGAUUCGCAUUUUCAUUAAUAUUUUCCAAGUCGUCACAAAAAAAUUUGGUUUGAUAGUAAAUUGCCAAAUUUCAGAGGUUUGCCUGGAUAUUUUUGCUUGGAAUAAUCGUAAUCGUCUAGUUAAAAGUGUGCACCAGCUAAAGAAAGUGGCAGUAAUAGCUGGAAGCAUUUACCUUGACGCUAGUUUCACUUUUAUUGGCACUGCUCCUAUAAGUGGAAUAUGUACGUCGAAAAAACAGUCGCGUUGUGAGAAAGUGAUUUUUUCCUGCCCCUUGAGAAAAUUAUUUAAAAAAACUCAAAUGAUUUAACUUUCGACACGUUGAAGCUAGUUUUGUAUUAACGGAAUAAAUUCGGAUUGAACAAAACCUUUGUUGUCUGGUGGCUUUCAGUCAUAUUGGUAUUGACUGACUGGAUCACCGUUCGAAGCCAAAAAAAGGGGCAAUAAUCUCAAGGAACAACAACAAUACCAAGAUAGAAACAAAGGGAAUCUGGAAAUAAUAAACUUUAUCAUAUAGAACGGAAGUAAAGCUUUUACAUAUUAGAGAUGGAAUCUUGUGCGGCCGUCGAAAAAGAAGUAGACAAGGUCAUAACCAAGUUUUCGGCAAUCAAUGAUCAUUCCCAGCGGAUUAUAGGGGAUGUAAUUAUUUCUGUAGAAAAACUUAGGGCUUCUAUAGCAGAAGUUCCAUCUGAAGAACAACUUACACCGACCCAAAUAGAGGUACUGCAUGAUGCAAUGGCCAAGGCGAAGGAUAAAUUACAACGACUUACAACGGAACACCGUGAUUUGCAUGGAACGGUGAGCAAAGUGGGCAAGGCAAUAGAUCGAAACUUCAUCGGUGACUUCACUGCCACUUCCCGUACAGAUGUGUUCCAAAGCGAACACAAUGUUGUUCUUUUAAACAAAAUUAUGGCGCAGCAUUUUUACCGUCAAGGUAUGGACGAUGUUGCUGAUACGUUAAUUACGGAAUCCGGACUGACAUCGGAGGAAAUCCAACCGGAACCGUACGCCGAACUACAUAGAAUAUGGGAAGCAAUUCAUAAUCAUAAUCUGUUACCAGCUCUCGAGUGGGCUACACGAUACUCAGCAGAACUGGAUGCUAGAAACAGUACUCUCGAAUUCAAACUGCACCGUUUAGCGUUUAUGCAAAUCCUGAAUGGAGGUAUUCACGCGCAAACAGAAGCAAUUACAUAUGCACGAACUAAUUUCGCUAAAUUUGUAAAGCGCUUCGAAAAAGAAAUCCAAAUACUGAUGGGCACUCUGAUCUAUCUGCCCAAUGGAAUUCAAAACUCUCCGUACAAAUAUCUUAUGGCUCCGGAAAUGUGGGUGGAAGCGGCUGACGUUUUUCUAAAAGAUGCUUGCGCUUUGCUUGGAAUUAACAAAGAUUCACCGCUCUCAGUUGUUGUGAAUGCCGGCUGUACCGCCUUGCCAGCAUUACUCAAUCUGAAGCAGGUGAUGCAAUCCCGGCAAGUUACAGGAAUAUGGAACGGACGUGACGAAUUACCGAUUGAAAUUGAUCUCGAUCCGGAACAUCGCUUCCAUUCGAUAUUUGCCUGUCCGAUUUUGAGGCAACAAAGCUCCGAAGAUAAUCCACCGAUGAAAUUGCUGUGCGGUCACGUAAUCUCUCGUGAUGCUUUGAGUAAAUUGAGUAACGGACCAAUACUCAACAAUACUUUCAGAUUGAAAUGUCCCUACUGCCCAAUGGAACAGUGCCCGUCGGAUGCUAAACUUAUCUAUUUCUAAAGGAAGUUGACCUCGGCUGUAGAUCAAUCCGGCCCCAAUAGAGAAGAAGUCGUUUCGAGGAGUCACGAUUACGGUUAUAGGUUCCCAGUUUAUUACAUGUUUUCGUUAGUUUUGUUUGAUUUACUUACAAAUUUCUACAAUUAUGUUUAAUUCACAAAUAUAAUACACGAGAAUGCAAUGACUGACAUAAUAAAAGAUAUGUGCUAACUAUUGUGGAUGAGCCGAUUUUCAUUUUUCAUCUCAGAUUAUAUUUACCGAUAUGUCCGUAAACACCCGUUAGAAGAAAAAAAAUGAACGAAGAAGCAUUCCGGUUAUACCGGAAAUAAAAUAUUCAAAUAAGAAUAAAACAGAUAGAACUGUGGAAGUGUUUACAAUUUGCUUCCAAGAUUCAAAAACAAUAAUAUUGUUGUUAUUGAAAUGAGCAGACCUUUUCACAGAUGAAAUGCUCGUAUCUCAAUAAAGAUAAUUUCUCCUGUAAUACGUAUAAGAAUAUCGAAAACAUGAACCCAAUAAAAUGAAUGGAUAUCUAGGAGCACCAGUUCGCUAUGCAAAUGAUGACAAGUAAGCUCAUGCAUAGAAUAAAUGGUCGAUUCAGCAUGAUAUAGAAAACGAAUUAGAAAAAGGUUUUUUCUUUGAUUUGAUGUUCUACAUACUUAGUUCCGAUUAUUAUGUCAAAAUAAAAAAAAAUAGAAUAGGAGAACAAUGUUUGCUGCAAUAUAAACUUUUGUUACAAUACUUGAAAUAGAUGGAAAAUUAUACAAAACUUUUAUUUCAAUAAUUAUUAAACGUUUUUCGGUAUGCACAUAUUGUUAGUUCGAAAGAAAAAAAAGGCUUAAUUAUGAAACUGUCGCAAAAAGAUGGGGUUUCAAGUUAAAUCUAAUAACUAGUGUGUGUUUAUGUAAAUACGUUUUUUUUUUCUUUUCCAGUACCUAAUAAAUAUCAUGUAUGAUCUA